GUUUGCAGUGAACUAACGUUAUCGUUUUAUAAACGAUAAAAUGGUCCCACGCCACACUUCACCGUGAACUCUUCAUAAAUCAAAACGGAAACUCAUAGGUAACUGAGUAGCCUAGCAUCAAAUAUUGUCCCCAGGUGGUAUAAUGUUUAAUUGCUCUCACACAGUGAAAUGUAUUGCUUCAAGACACUAUGUAACGCAACCUGCAUUAGUUUAAUCGACAACAAAUUAACGUGAUCGAAGAAAAUCUUAAUGAUCAACUAUUGAUCGUCGAUUAAUCAUGCCCAUCCAUAAUGGAAGCUUUCUUUGUUCAUUACCAACAAUCUUCUCCUUCUCCCCCAUGCUUCAUUUCAUCCUCUAAACAUAGAACAUUUAUUUGCAAUUGUUUGCUUUUUAAUCUUUCAAUUGAUAUAAUAUUUCACUGAAUUUUUCUCCCAUCACAGAUCUGGAGUCUGACAUGUCAGGAUUUACUGAAUCAAUACCACUGCCCAUGCCAGUGAAUGAGAUAAAAGAAGAGUUUGAUGAUUUCCUUCAAGAGUACCUGUUUGCAGUUCAGAAGGUAAAAGAAAACCCUGAACUGGAUAAUGACUGCAAGACUGAAACACACAUAUCAACCUUUAACUGUGAAGAACAGCUGCCUCCACUAAUGGCAAUAAUCAAAGAGGAAGACUCUAAUUUCAGAGAAGAUAUUCAGAAAUACUCCUACCCUACAGACACAGAUGAGAUGAGACAUACUGCGGGAAAGACCCAUCAUUGUACUGAGUGUGGAAAAACUUUCUGUAGGAAGAGUAAUCUCAAGUCACACCUGAAGAUCCACACAGGAGAAAAGCCACAUCAGUGUACUACAUGUGGGAAGGCCUUUAGUCGAUCUUAUCAUCUCCAGGAACACCUGAAGAUCCACACAGGAGAAAAGCCACAUCCGUGUACUACAUGUGGGAAGAGUUUCAGGACUAGGGGAGAGGUCAACACCCAUCAGCGCACACAUACAGGAGAAAAGCCGUAUCAGUGCUCUGACUGUGGAAAGGCCUUUAGUCAAAGGUCUAAUCUAAUACAACACCUGAAGAUCCACACUGGAGAAAAGCCUUAUCAGUGUAAUACAUGUGGAAAGAGUUUUAAAAGUAAAGCAGAGGUAACCUCCCAUCAACGCACACAUACAAGAGAAAAGCCGUAUCAGUGUGCUACAUGUGGAAAGAGUUUCAAGAGUAGAGCAGCGGUGAACAUCCAUCAGCGCACACAUACAGGAGAAAAGCCGUAUCAGUGUUCUAACUGUGGAAAGGCCUUUAGGCAACUCUCAUCUCUCCAGCAACACCAGACAAUGCAUACAGGAGAAAAGCUGCAUCAGUGCUCUGACUGUGAAAAGGCCUUUAGUCGAAAGUCUCAUCUAAAGGAACACCAGAUGAUCCACACAGGAGAAAAGCCGUAUCAGUGUUCUGACUGUGGAAAGGCCUUUAGUUUUGUCUCUGGUCUCCGGAAACACCAGAGGAUCCACACAGGAGAAAGCCGUAUCAGUGCUCUGACUGUGGAAAGAGAUUCAAGACUAGGUCACUGGUCAACACCCAUCAACGCACACAUACGGGAGAAAAGCCGUAUCAGUGUACUACAUGUGGGAAGAGAUUCAACACUAAGGCAGAGGUCAAAAUCCAUCAGCGCACACAUACAGGAGAAAAGCCGUAUCGGUGCUCUCACUGUGGGAAGGCCUUUAGUCACAGAUCUAAUCUAACAAAACACCUGAAGGAGAAACACACAGGGCACACAGGAGAAAAGCUGCAUCAGUGCUCUGACUGUGAAAAGGCUUUUGGUCGAAGGGCUCAUCUAAAGGAACACCAGAGG